AUGCCAUUUUUAGAGUUAUCACUGCAGAAGAUUGUUAGGAAUAAGCGAGCAUUUGAUCUGGCACAAAUUGAAUCAAAUAUGGCGCAGGAGGAAGAGCAGCGCAUUCGAGCGGAAUUACUAAAAAUGAUAGAUCCGAUCGAAUUGAGAGAUAGAAUAUGUCAGGACAAAUGUAACGAAGAUUUAUUGCUUGGUCUUGAGAUGGUUAAGAUGCACAUGGCAUUUGGCAGUAUCAGUAUGCCACCGAUAAUAGAUGAAAACGAUCUUAAAUUGUUUUGCCGUUUGGAUGACCAACAUAGUUGGUGUAUGCAUGAUUGCGGGUUUACGGUACAAUUCAAUAUGAAUGAUUUCAUUUGCAAGGAUCAUUACCGAGAGAUGAUUUAUUUAUUGCCCUGCUAUCGGCAUGUAAUUCCAAUAUUGAAGCGCGAAUGUGGUGCAAAAAAAUGUGGUCCCUAUAUAAAUAUUGACAAUACAGUUAUCGGACGCGCAAAUCGAUGUCGUUUGCUGAUAUGUGAUAUUAAAUGUACAACAUACGUACUCAUUAGACAUUGUGCUAAUAAAUAUGGUCAACAAGCUGCUCACUUUAUUAUGAAUUACACAAGCCAACAGGUAUCAUUCUGGAUGAAAAAUUUAACAAAAUUAAAUCAUACAAUCGGAAAUCCAACGGUAACAAUACCGCCCUUAUGCUCCAGACUUAUUUGUCAGAAAUCUCAAUGCGUUUUGUAA